AUGGCGGACUCCCACGACGAAGUGCGCGCUGUUGAAUCCUCAACGGAGGAGAAGAUGGAUACGGUAGCUUCUCUCGUGUGCGAAAGUGACGACAUAGCUGUUUUCAACAAGAAUCAACGUCAACAACCCGAUUCAAUCGUGGCUGAGAGAGAUUCCGUUGUGAUGCCAAGGAAAUCCGGAGUCGCUACGUCGGAAUCGUCGGCUCCUAGACCAUCCGUCGUCAACAUCGUCGUUGCUGAAGUGGCCACGUUUUUCGACGUGUUCGGUUGGCUUGGAGUGCCCAUGAUCAUCAUGUUCAUUCUCUCAGCUGCUUGGACUUUCAUGCUUGCUGUCAUUCAAGUGUAUGCAGAUGAGAUGGCAAACAUCAUCAUGAACACUACCGAGUUCGACAAUGGCAAGUUCUGGCUACUGCCCCAGCCAGAACCCGAGCUCAUCAUUUCAUCCGUCGUCUUGCUUGCACUGUUUGGAGUUGGCUAUGCAGGACUAGCUGUGAUAAUGAUUUUCUUCUAUCGUGCUGGGGGAACUGGUGAGACCAAUGAACUGCAUGAGAAUGCUACUUCAGCUUCUAAGACACUCAACAGCACCAAUACUGCGGAAGAUGGAGGUGGUCAUUUGCAGCGGGUUAUUGCUUGGAUUCGACACAAGUGUGACUUACCGGAUGAAAUUCGACAGCAUUAUUACACUGCUGCUCUUGAUCUUCCCAAGCUCAUUUUCCAGACGAUUACUCUUUAUACGUACCUUGAAAAAGGGUUCCCAACUCCGAUUAUCUAUACCUACUCGGUAUUACUGCUGUGCAAUUGGCUUGUGGCUUGUUACCGGAGUCAACGCUACGUAGCAGAUCCAGCGUUAGUCAUUUCUCGGCUCUACUACACCUUUGAUUUGUUCUUCGCCGUGUUUGCACCGCUGGUGGUUCUCAUAUUCUUCAUCGAAUCAUUCAAGUUUGACCGGGAGGCAUUUCAGACUAAAACGGAGACGAUCGGUACUGGUACAUUCGACACAGUAGCUCGGCUUUUCGGAGAUCCGUCGCAGAUCUCAAGUUUCUGCAGUGCGUUCCAUUAUUUACAGUUCUCGUCGGGCUCCACGUUGUUCUACAAGUCCGCGUUGAACGUGCUGUCUCUGUACAAAUGGAAGAAAAUCAUUAUGACCCUGAUCCACAAUCGUCACGAACGUCAACUGGAACGAAAGCGCAGAGUUUUGGUUGGUCCAGUGUCCAGCAAUGUAUCACGUACUGCGAGCAUUAAAGUGGCCAUUUCGAAGCAGUUUACAGCAUCAAAACUAAAAUUCAAGAUGGAGAAGCACUUCUGUUCCAAGCUCUUUCUAUCGCUAGUAUUCUUAUGUGCGGGUAUCGGCAACUUUGUCUAUUCAAUCGGAGCAAUCGCCUCCACUUCGGACUUGUGCAGUGCGUACGAUAAAUGCGCCGUAGCGAGCUACCAGUGGAAUUUUGGGCAGAAAUACUGCACGUGUCUUGUGUUUGCGGACCGUCAGACAGCACCGAAAACGUACGCAGAAUGGAUUGAUCCCGAAGACACCACUGCUAAUCUGGCUGAACUUGCACAUGCUGGAGAAUUGCGCAUCAUACAAAUUAUCAAUCGUGCUGUCCCUGAAUUACCGGAAGAGCUGAAAAAGUGUAAGUAUCUCGAGCAACUCAUCCUCGCGUACACCAAAACUGAAAUGUUACCGGAGUGGUUAUCGGAAUUCUCCCAUCUCGAAUAUAUGCAUAUUGAGGGUGACUUCACGAGUAGAAGACUGACAGCUAUACCCGAUGGAACCUUCGACAACAUGCCACAUCUCUCAUUCCUGCACUUGGGAAGUAUACCUAAUGUGGAGAAGUUACCGUCACUUUCUUCGCUCAAGGGGUUACGCUACUUGACGUUGGCUGUCUUAGAUUCGCUGAAGGAGAUACCCAGUUUUGACGGGCUUUCGAAACUAAGCGACUUGACUAUCAUCAAUGCAGUACGCGCCACAACGUUACCUGCAAUGACACCUCUGACAAGCCUGACAAAAAUGGUGCUACGCCCGAAAAGUGCCGUAUGCUGCAACGGAUUCAUAUCGGGAGCUUGUAACAUGACAAUGGCCCAGUGUUUACCCAUUGCAAGUGAGAAGUAUCCCCCGACCUGUACUGAUGCGCGCAUUUCAGAGGACGAUAAAGCCCUUCUCGAUACAUUUGGAGCCAAGAUUUGCCCCAACACAGCCGCUGUUGAUCGGGAGGCGACUGCGCCAACUAAACAUACGACGGACGAGCUCUGUGGUGGCGUCACCUACAAGGAAUGCGCUCUCAAUGGAGUUCAAGGAAUUUGCUACAACACCCGGAUGAUGGUUAUCAACUGCGAAACGACGUCAGGAUUUAUUGCUAUGCGGAAGCUGCAGAUUCAGCGUGGUGUCGGGGAACCCUGUGAUCCCGACGUGGAGGCAUGGCUAGGAUGCGCGUGA